CCUCGCCGCGUUCAGUUCGAAUCCAGCAUUUCACCGCGUAACGUUGAACGGCCGCCGCCUUCUCGGUUCACGUAGUAUACACGGUGUUCCCGAGUUUUCCCAUUGCCCGACGAUGAUGACUCGCCGGUACCCGAGGACGUGCAGGUGAACACCGAUAAAAACAGCGGGACCGGGCAACGAAACGUUUUCUUCAGUGUUCAAGCCAACUUCGAGGAGCAACGGUGACCGGAAGUCGACUCACGUGGAAGCUGUCCUCCGUGCGAGAUUAAGGGAGGAUUUCAACUAACCAAGAUGUGGAAGAAUUUGACCUGCGUGGACGACUUCCUGAACCGAGCGUUCCACAAAUUGGGCCUCGUGGUGGGACAUCAUCCCGGCUACUUCGUGGUGAUCCCUGUCCUGGUAGCCUGCAUCUGCUUCACCGGCUACCAGAGGAUCAACUAUGAGAUCGAUCCCGAGUAUCUUUUCAGCCCGACGAACGGCCCGAGCAAAACAGAACGGGCGAUCGUCGAGCAGUACUUCAAGGUCAAUUACACCAGCCAAUUCAGCCUGGGCCGUAUCACCAGGCCAGGUCGUUUUGGCCAUGUAAUCAUCACCUCGAAGGACGGGGAAGAGAAUUUACUGAGAUCGGCGGUGUUCGACGAGCUCAUACAGCUGGAUAAUAUAAUCAAAAGCGCCCACGCGACCUACGAGGGCGAGGUGUUCACCUACAAGCAGAUCUGCGCCAGGUGGUUGGAUGAAUGCUUCGCUAACGAUAUACUGAGCCUCCAUUACAUCAUAAAGGAUGUGGAAAGCAAAGAGCUGAGACUGACGUUCCCGUUGAUGCUGCAUCCAGAUACCUGGCAAAUCCUCCUGUUGCCGGUCUAUUUCGGUGGGAGCGUGCUCAACGAGGACAAACAGAUAGAGUCGGUGCCCUCGAUGCAACUGGCGUACUUCCUGACGGCUGAUAAUCCUCGUCAGGACGCCAUUGGGGCAGCAUGGGAAGAGGCGUUCCUCGAUGCACUGAAGAAAGUAGAGGACGAGGGCAUGUUCAAACACAUCGCAACAGCGAGAUUCGCAUCUAGGACUUUGGAACUGGAACUUGAAGAGAACACGAAGACGAUCGUGCCUUAUUUCUCCAGCACGUUCGUCCUGAUGGCACUUUUCUCGGUUGUCACCUGCAUGAUGACCGAUUGGGUGCGAAGCAAACCUUGGCUGGGACUUUUGGGGAACGUGUCGGCAGCAAUGGCCACUGUAGCUGCUUUUGGGAUGUGCAUCUACAUUGGCGUGGACUUCAUUGGCCUCAACCUUGCUGCGCCUUUUCUUAUGAUCGGAAUCGGAAUCGACGAUACGUUCGUGAUGCUGGCGGCUUGGAGACGAACAAGUAUCAUGAAACCGGUACCGGAGAGGAUGGCUGCGACCCUCAGCGAGGCUGCUGUCUCGAUUACCAUCACUUCUCUAACUGACAUGAUAUCGUUUUUCAUCGGGAUCCUCUCACCAUUUCCCUCCGUGCAGAUUUUCUGCAUUUAUUCCGGAUUCGCUGUCGUCUUCACUUUCGUUUUCCAUUUGACAUUCUUCACCGGGUGUCUGGCAAUCAGCGGCUACUGCGAGCAGAAGAACCUCCACAGCAUCGUGUGCUGCAAGGUGCAACCUCUAUCGAAGUCCACGAAUCGAUCUUGGUUCUACAAAGCACUGUGCACUGGCGGCAUCGACCCCGAUGACCCGUACAACCCCGUGGACAACCCGGAGCACGGUUGCAUGAGUUGGUUCCGCGAUUACCUUGCCACCGCGUUGAACUGUCGACCUGUCAAGGUCAUAAUCAUCCUAAUAUUCGCCUGCUACCUGGCAGGCGCACUUUACGGAUUGACAACGCUUCAGGAAGGACUAGAUCGUCGCAAGCUCUCCAAGAAUGAUUCUUAUUCGAUUGUCUUUUAUGACAGACAGGAUUACUACUUCAGGGAGUUCCCUUACAGGAUACAGGUGGUGGUAAGCGGCGAGUACAACUACAGCAGCCCGGAGAUCCAAGAGCAAAUGGAGAACCUGACGAGGUCUCUAGAAGCGAGCAAGUACAUCAGCAGCGCGCCGAUCUACACGGAGAGCUGGCUGCGCAGCUUCCUGAGCUACGCCGAGGGGAUCGCUCUGAACAUCAGCAGCGAGGACAGCUUCCUGAAGACCUUGAAGGAGGACUGGCUGCGGCCGACGACCAGCUACUCGCUGGACGUGAAGUUCGACGACAGCGGGGAGCACAUAGUAGCCAGCAGGUUCAUGAUCCAGGCGGUGAACGUGAGCGGCACGAACCAGGAGAAGGACAUGGUGAAGGAGCUCCGUAAAAUCUGCGCAGACUCGCCUUUGAACGCGAGCGUGUUCCACCCGUACUUCGUGUUCUUCGACCAGUUCGAGCUGGUGAAGCCGACGAGCAUCCAGUGCAUGGUGUUCGGUGCGCUGAUCAUGAUGCUGAUCAGCUUUAUCUUCAUUCCCAACGUCCUCUGCUGCCUGUGGGUAGCUUUCUGCAUCAUCUCCAUAGAGCUAGGAGUAGCAGGUUACAUGUCGCUCUGGGACGUGAACCUGGACAGCAUCUCCAUGAUCAACCUGAUCAUGUGCAUCGGCUUCAGCGUGGACUUCACCGCGCACAUCUGCUACGCUUACAUGAGCUCCAAACAGAAAACACCCGACGACAGAGUCAGAGAGAGUCUCUACAGCCUGGGUCUGCCCAUAGUCCAAGGCGCCACAUCCACUAUCCUAGGCCUGGUAGCUCUAGUCCUAGCAGGCACGUACAUCUUCAUGGUGUUCUUCAAGAUGGUCUUCCUGGUGAUAUUCAUCGGAGCCAUGCACGGCAUGUUCCUGCUGCCUGUCCUUCUGUCCUUAUUCGGCCCCACGUCCUGCAACGACGACGUGGACGCCGAGAACGCUGAAAGAAAGCUUCCCCAGAACUUAUCCUCUAAACUACAGCAGCCCUACGUGAUCCCUCACCCUAGUCUCUCUUACUACCACUCCUCCGGGGCUGGCAAGAGUCUCCAAGGCAGUCCGGCGACUAGUCUAGCUGCCUUCGAGGACAGGGACCCUGGUCUGGGGACCAGCGAGGACAGUAACUCCACGGAGAGCGGGUCCUCGCAGAGCAGGAGGCGCGAGGGACACCUGGAACAGGAGAGCCACAGGCGCCAUGACCUCUGGAGGAGGCCAAUCGGCGUUCUCUACGGCAUGUCGCAGUUCCAGACGGCUGCGCAUCCUGUCUCGCCGCCUCCAGACUACGAGGUCGCCAUGCAGGAGCUGCAGGAUCAGGAUCGCCGGGCCAUUCGGACGGGGAACUUCCGCUGGACCCUGUCCCGUCUUCAGACUCGGCAAUCGGACGGAUCAAGGAAGCAUUAGGAGGUGACUCGACCGUCAUCGCUGGUCCAGGUAGCUAACUGAUCAUUGGUGUCCUCCUCAGCAGACAUUUUCGACGAUGCAGCAGCUGGCUGAGCGACUUUCCGUGUCGGAGAACUGGACCUUUAGUGCGAACGGCUACUGCCAGUGACGGUCACCGGUGACCGGCGAUCGGUGGGCGUUGUUCUCGGUUUUACGUGAGACUCUCGGGAACUGGUUAUGUUGUCGAGCGAUCCAUGGAUCGGACGAUCGAUUCGGAGACUUCUGUGUUCCAAGUGGGAAUUGACGCUUCGAGUUUUACUUUUCGGCGACUGACAGACGGAAUUGAGGAAUCGGUUUACCGGGUCGGUGAGUCAGGCUGGGAAUCGCGGCGAUCUUUCAUGUAUCGGGCGAGUUGUGAAUGUGGGAGUGGAUGGUGAAUAUCUUUAGCAUCUGCUCGCGCGGGACAUCUUGGAGAUUGCACUGUUUUGGAGGGAAUGAUUCUUGAAAUGAUUUUUGUACUCGGCGAUUAGACACGAAUUUUAUUCAUUGAGAAGUGAACUGUGUUUGCAUCGAUGUUUUGGCACGAUGACUGCCACGGGAAUUUCGAACGUUUGUUUUAAGAUUUAUUCCUUUAUGACGGAGAAGAGUGUUGGAAAUAAUUAUUAAUGUUUCGGUACUGCAGUACUCAUUACACUCUAGCUUCUAGCGUUACUAAAUAUUUUGAAUAUCAAUUUUCUUAUUCUAAUCGUUUUCAAGCAAUUCGGAAGCUCAUCGUGGUAGUCAACGUGUUAAUGUUGAAAAGAAUCGUUUAUUCGUUAGAAACUUCCCAUUUUAUUAUCAUUGAUUAUUUUCGAAAAUUUCAAGAUCAUUUUACAGGAAAAUCUCACUGGUCAAAUCUCGUUAAGACUGGAACUACCGAUCGGAAAUGACCCGUUCCAGAUUUCUUCUCGCGAUUGUAAAAAAAUUGCUUUGGCAAUAUGCAAAUUGAAUCACGAAUCAAACUCUCAAUAGAUCUCUUGGAGUUUCUAUAGAAAAAUUUCGAGUGACUUUCAGUGCUCGGUAGUUCCAGUGUUAAAGGGUUGUCUCCCCCGUCGCAUUUCUUUCGUGAAAUGGUGUAACUUUGUUCUGUAUAGUUUCUUUAUACGACUACAAGUAACGAAGAUACUUAUGCAUUCUGGUUCUCGUUGCACACCCUAUACAUAUAUAUAUAUAUUCUCACAUAAACGACGGUCUCCACUUUCUAGAAUAUUUAUGUAAUUUAUGGAGUGUGACCGGCACGAAGACUCGGUGAACUGAUCCGAGAUAAUAGCAGAGGCGAGUAGCGAAUAAAACGUAGAACACCUCGAUUCGUCUGCAAUCCCUUUCUUGUAUCGUUCUCUUUUUUUUUAAACAAAUUUGUACGAGUGAAUAAUAUUUAGGUUACAAGACGAGUGUGUCCUGCGCUAUGAACCUCGACGUACAGGGACAGAAGCUGCGCGUAGAUUUCUAAUCGUGUGAUUCGCCAGUGUUCCUGAAGGGGCGGAGCUUAGAAUCGAGACGUGGAUCUGAUUGGUUGUUACUGUAUUCGUGUUUUCCACUGUCGGUUAUGGGGACUUGUGAACCAGACUAAUAUUGGCGCUUCAGUUAAAAGUUUUUCACUAGAAAUAUUCAAUAUUUUUCGAUGAGAUACAGACGAUGUGCUUUGAAACUAAUUAACGAGGAAACAUAUAUAAAUUAAGAAGGAAAGUUAUUUUAUUUGAAUAUUCCAUAUAUCGAUGCAUCAUACAAAGCUUAAUAUUAUAUAUAAGACUUUAUAAUUUUGCAAAUCAAGUCAAGUGGUGACUGAGAGUCACCUCUCGAGUGCAAAAGGUUAACCCAUUGUAUUACAAUUUACUUCUCAAUUAUGAUCUAUUAAUCAACUACUUUAUUAUUAACCCUUUGCACUUAGAAGUUCUUCGCUAGACAUAUUUUAACAUUUUCUGAUUUUGUUUUUUUCUAUUUUAUUUCAAUAUUUCUCAAAUUGCAUUAGACGAAGGAUAAUAUUAACCCUUAGCA